AUGCAAGAAAUUUUACCAUCAAACGGUGAAACUGAACGCGGACGCGAACGUGGAUCUUCUCGUUCGCGAGCCCAACAUUCACGUUCACCACGCGUCGUUCAUACUCCAAAACUUCUUCAAGUAGGAGUCGUUCAAGAAGUAAAGACAGAAGGAGAAGAAGCCCUAUUAGAAGCCAUGGGAGUCGCGAUAGAAGGAGGGCGAGCAGAAGAGAUUCAUGUUUUGGGAGUUUUUAACCUGAGUCUUAGGACCACUGAAAAAGAUUUACAAAAUAUAUUUGAACGUUAUGGAAGAGUCAAUAAUGUUACUAUUGUAUACGAUCAUCGGAGCGAUCGUUCUCGUGGAUUUGGAUUCGUUUACAUGAAUUCAAUUGAUGAAUCAACUAUUGCCAAGGAAAAAACAAACGGCAUGGAAGUCAAUGGUAGAAAUAUGCGUGUGGAUUAUUCAUUGACUCAAAGACCGCAUACCCCCACUCCUGGAGAAUAUAUGGGCGAUAGACCAAGAUAUCGUACUUCUUAUUCUUAUCGUCGUACACCUUCGGCAUCACCUACUCGUUUUAGAAGAAAAAGUCCUACACGUUCUAAAAGUCGUAGUUGGUCAAGGGAUAGAAGAAAAUCUCGUAGUCGUAGUUAUUCAAAGAAGAGAAAUUCAUAUAGUCGUGCCAGAAGAUCUCGAAGCUAUUCUCAUUGA